UUCACCAGUCGUAGUUCUGUAGAGUUGGAAGAAAUGGCUUUUGCAAGAACUUCUUUUUCCCGUAGAGGGUCAAAAAAUGAUGCAAGUAAAGAAGACGAAGACAUUGAUAAUAACGGCUAUAUACAGGUUCUUGUAAAGCCAUUAGAGCAAGGAAGUUUGUUCAAUUUAUUCAUUAAUUGGAUUGGUUUCAAUGAGCCUAACAUGAAUGAAAAUGUUGGUGUAUUUUAUGGAAUAGCAUUCUUGUGUUUGAGUGUUCUGGUUUACCAGAUUUGUGAUAUGGGAAUUUUUUUCCAUCGUGUAUGUUCAGUGCUAGUGCCAGUGUUUGCCAUAGUUUGUGCAUUUUACUGGAUGGCAUUGUAUUUGAGGAAAUCGUGGAGUAUUACAAGUGUUUACUUACUGUUCAGUGCAUGUUUUCUUGGGGAGACAUUAGGCCAGAUUUUAUACGGACUAUCGGGUACAGUGGUCACUCAAGAUGCUGACACAUAUGACAAUGCCGGCAGCGGUAAUCAAGCCCGUCCGCUGGUCUUGUUUGUGUUUCAUGUUUGCAUAUUUGCCGCAAGCAUGUUCUCAUCUCUAGAGACCAUUCAUAGUGCAAUCGUUAUAUCGUUAGUAAGUUUUUCGCGUUUUUUAAUGUGUUCCACAUUAGGGGUAAUUCCAUACGGGUUUCGACCAUAUGUUGGAUAUUUUUGUGGACUAGUGGGAUUUAUUGUCUCAAAGUACAUGGAAACUGUGCUGAAGCCUCCAAUUAAUAAUUUUAUGACCCAUGAUGGAAAGAUUCCCGUUAUCCGACGUCGACGAUCCAGUUCCUCCACCGCACACACCUUCUCUGCACACCGCUCUACAAGACGCACAUCCCUUCCAGCUUUAAUACCAAAGAAUCAGAGUUCUUCAUCCAGCUACGACGCGGCCAUAAUUGGCGAGGCCCAUGGCCUGAUCACAGACAUGUUGGCCGACACAACCCUGCCACCCCACGUGGUGAGUGGCUUGCGUGCGGUCAGCAACCUGCUGAAACCGGUUGAGCACCACUCGUCCAUGCACAAAACCAGAGUUAGUCCUCUCGUGUCGCUCACUGAGUCCACAUCCUAUGGCUCUGAUUCGGAGGAGAAUCCUUAUACGGGAGAACGACCGUCUUCAUUACCCAAGAGAUUACGUCGCAGUUUGCCUCCAAGCCUCUUACGCAGGAUGUCAACCAGCACAUGGACCACGACAACUUCCGCCACCGGAAUGCCCACGCUUGAACUCGAACCCUGUCGCGUCCGGAGCUCGAGUUUCCGACACUCUCGGGACACCACUCCCGGUUCGAGUCCAGUGGAGAGCCGAAGCAAUAGCCCGUCACCCAGCUCGCCCACCAUGGUAUUGACUAUACCGAAAUCCCGCUCGUUUUCACUGGCAGCUUCACUACCGAUAUCCGCAAACGCGAGCUCGCAUUUGAAACGAAUUACUCGGAAAAGUGUGACACCAAUGAGCACCGAAGGCAUCCUCCAUGUUUCGAAGCUUUCAGAGAGCAAGUUGAGUCCCCUUGUGAAAGGUGAACUGCUAGAGGCUACUGAAGAAAGACUUCGUAUUGCCGCGUCAAACAAGGAGCACCUUUCUUCCAUACGUAAAAACAUUACUUCAGAUUAUGAAAGUUGUAACGAGUCGCUCAGUUCUAGUGACCAUAAUGAUAACCUUCCUACAGGGGACGAGUUCUCAGUGUCGCCACCUAAGAAGACUGUUCAUGGGCGAUUAAUCGAUACCUCAAUGUCUCAAAUCAACAGACUGACUACGGCUCAAGAUUUUGUCCCCAUUUCUGACCCCCCCUCUCCUGGCCUCGAAGAUUCUCCUCAUGACGUUCACGAUUUUAGUGUUCAUCAAACAGACGACGAGAGUAGAGAGGGUGCUGCUGAUGAUGAAGACGAUGGAGACGACGACGAUGAUGAAAAGCCAUCCACUAUCUCACGGAUCUCUCCUGCAUACUCAAAUAAAUCAAAUAUUGCGCAAUUGGCGGUGGCGACGCCCAGUGACUCUCGUGUUGUGAAUUCCAAAGAGCAGUUAGUGAUGGACUUGUCUGAUGUGGACACAUGUAAAUACCUUCAAGUUUCGAUGUUAAACGAGUGGGACUACCCGAUUUUUAGUGCUGCUAGUGUCCAUGGGAACUUUAUCUUGAGUAAGAUUGCUUACAAGCUAUUUAUGGAGGUUGGGUUAUUCGAGACAUUCCGUAUUCCUGUAGCUCCAUUCAUGAAAUAUUUCCAUGCGCUCGAGCUUGGUUACCGAGACAAACCAUAUCAUAAUCGGGUCCAUGCGACCGACGUACUCCAUGGUGUCUACUACAUCACAACUCGGCCCAUACCCGGCUUCACACAGGUCAGCACAACAGACAUGUUCCUGCGCCAGGGAUCUUCCAGUGAGUCAGACGGUGACUGCGAGCGGUCUCCCCCUCCAUGCCGAGGCAGUUUCGCAGCAGACGACAGUUAUGGUAUCAUGGGAGGCAACUUUCCCGCUCUCGAGCUCAUGGCCAUGUUCACGGCUGCUGCAAUGCACGACUACGAUCAUCCUGGUCGCACAAAUGCUUUCCUUGUGGCCACACACGCCCCACAGGCUGUACUGUAUAACGACCGGUCCGUACUGGAGAACCACCACGCUGCAUCCGCCUGGAACCUGUUUCUGUCCAACCCAGACUUCUACUUCCUGUCCGGCCUUGACCAGGCUGAGUUCAAGCGGUUUCGCUACCUUGUGAUCGAGGCAAUCCUGGCCACAGAUCUGAAACGACAUUUUGAAAUCCUCGCAGAGUUUAAUGCCAAGGUUAAUGAUGAAAAUGCGGUGGGCAUUGACUGGACAUCAGAGACUGACCGCUUGCUGGUUGCCCAGAUGGUCAUCAAACUGGCCGACAUCAACGGCCCGGCCAAAGUCCAGGAGCUUCAUACUGCAUGGACUGACCGCAUCUCAGAAGAAUUCUAUGAGCAGGGUGACGAGGAGGCUAGGCUUGGCCUGCCGAUAUCCCCGUACAUGGACCGGCGGAUCCCCCAGCUGGCUAAGCUCCAGGAGACCUUCAUUGACCACCUGGUGGCGCCGCUCUGUAACACGCUCGUAACUGCCGGUCUGCUGCCCGGCACCUGGGCUGAGGAGGCAUCCGACGACGAAGUUGAGCUCUCUGACACAGACAAGUGUGACCACUCUCUGAAGGACACGGAAGAUGAGCAGGAGACAGAUACUGAGAACGGAGGGGCACCAAUGCCCAAGCCUGUUAAGAAGUCAUGGAAGAUCAACUGCCUGCUCACCAAGAAUAUGAAGGACAAUCACGUGAUGUGGGUGGCAAAGAUAAAGGAGGAGGAGCAACAGAAAUCCAUGCUAGAGUCCCAACAACAGGAAGGGGUGGCCCUAGAGAAAGCUGAGAUGGAGCCAAUCACGGAAGAGUCAGAGUCACCAAACUCCGCCUCCCCGACGUCAAGGGUUCCGGACGCAAGGUCAUUGUCUGGGGAAGUUUCCUUGGCAACCGAGUUAGGGGCAGUGGAGAGGGAGGCAAGGGAGGCAAUCACAUUGAGUGAUGCUUCUCAGCUGGGGGAUAAGAUUUCAAAGGGAGAUAAUACUGACCUUACUGGGAGGGAAGAUAAUUUUAUCAAACCAGGGGAGACCACUUGAGUUUGGUGGAAUAAACAUUUGAUUUUUUUUACUUUGUCUUAAUUUUUCCAUAGCAUUAGAUAGUAAUUUAUUGAUUCUUGAGGUUUUUUGCUGUUAUAAGUGUACACAGGGCAUGAUGUUUUUAUGUACAUGCUGUUCAAACAUGAUAUUGACCGACAGUGAUUGUGAUAUUUGUUUUCAUAUGAUUUAUUUGUCUAAAAUAUUGUUACUGAUUAUUUAUCAUGGUAGAAGAAGUUUAAGUUCUACCGCAAUUGAACCUUUGGUUCUGUUGUUAGGGUACAAGUUCAGUACUCACUUUAUAUUUAUAAUGCAUACUUUUGGGCUUCAUUUUGUGUGCGAAAAAAGAAACAAUGUGUUUUUGCAUAUUGUUUUGUUAAGUAUAGACAUAGCUCUGUAAACAGUGCAUUAUUCAAUGAAGGUGUUGUGUAUGAUGAAGUGUCAAUGAUUAGUUUUUCUAGUAAUUUUUAGAUCACCAUGAGACCACAAGGUGCGCUAUUAUUAGCAAUUUCUAGCUCGUUAUGGCAUUAGAGGCCAAAUUUUCAUGCAAUCUCAAUGAAACUGGCUAAGUAUUAUGUCUUGAAAAUAUUAAGUUCAAAUCUGGCUCGCACGUGUUCAAAAACUUGCAUGGUCUCAAAUUGUGAGCAAUUUUUAGCUUUUUAUGGCAUACGAGGCCAAAUUUUCAUGCAAUCUUGAUGAAACUGGCUAAGAAUUAUGUCUUGAAAAUAUCUAGGCUGAGUUCAAAUCUGGCUCGCACGUGUCCAAAAACUUGGUCUCUCUCCACGUCAAAUCAUAAAAAACUUUUUAUCCCUGAUGAGGCCAGAUUUAUGACUCAAUCUUUAUGAAACUUAGUCAGUUUAUGUUAUGUUUUUUUUCAGUUUCAAAGUCAGCUUUUCAUAGCCUGUUCAUAUCUCAGUCAAGUCCUUGUUUUUUUUCUGGUGAAACAUAUUCACAGCUUUCAAAGGGAUAUCAUUCAAAGUUGGGUUAUGCUGUGUAAGAAAUUUGUUUCAAUGAAGCCUCACUCUGACGAAACUGGGCCUAAUUUAUGUGCGUAAUGUGUCAUCCCAGAUUAGCCUGCCCAGUCUGCACUGACUAUUAUGGGUCGACACUUUCCAUCUAAACUGGACUUUGGCUAAAAAGACACUUUCUUUAAAUGUAAAGUGUCUUCCCAGCAAUCUGCAUAGGCUAAUCAGGGACAACACUACACGCAAGCAUUAAGCCCCGUUUUCCAAGAGGACGGCUAAACAAAGCUGUAUCCUACCAAGUUUGAUUGUAUUCUACAGACAUGCAAACAUUUACAUGAACUCUACUGACAUUUCUUAUCAGAUCUAAAUGGGACAUUUUUGUCCAAAUUUUAUUAUUUUUGUGUUUGCAAAUAAUUGUAUUGCCUUUUUUAUCAUCCGAUAAAUGGAAAUAAGUAGUUAUAUGGUUGGUCUAUAAAUAUUUCCUCUCUCUAUAACUAUUUAUUACUGUGUUUAAUGAAUUAAAUGACUUUUGAUUAAUACUUAUUGCAACAUGUUGCAUAAGGUAAUGUAUAAGAAAAUAUUAGCAUUUUUAACUUUCGUUAACUUUUAACAAUAAUAUUAUAAUUUAUUGGAUUAUAAUUUAACUUCCACAGCCAUUGUAUUCUUGCAACCAGAAUAUUACUCACACAUGAUAUUGUUUGUUUGUAUGCAUGCUUUGCCUUUUAGGCUGUUUAUGUAAAUUUUAAGUACAAACAAUAAAUAUAACAUUUCUCAGGACAUUUUGGUUCUCUUGGUUUAGUGAUGCCAUGCACGGUUCAUUAGUGGCCAUUCUGUUUCUUCCUGUAUUCCCAGCAUAGUGUUUAGUUAUGCUGGUAUGCCAUUUUGAUUAUGUUGUUUUCGAAUUUGUUUCAGAAACAGUGUUGUAUUUAUUUUUGUAAUAUUGAACAGACUGCUGUGGUUUCAAUUCCGUUAUUCAGUUGUGUAUAUAUACCAUGAUUGUUUAACAUACUUAUAAUCUCGUCAUAGUACAAUCAAGAACAACAUCCUUCAUUUAUGUUUACAUUUUUAGCUCGGCUGUUUUCGGAGAAAACCUGAGGUAUUGUCAUAGCCAGUGUGUCCGCCGUCGUGUCGUCCGCAAAACCUUAACAUUUUGUUAAGGUUUUGAACAUUGGCUCUAAAAUCAAAGUGCUUCAACCUACAACUUUGAAACUUCAUAUGUAGCUUCACCUUGAUGAGUUCUACAUGUCACACCCAUUUUUGGGUCACUAGGUCAAAGGUCAAGGUCACUGUGACCUCUAAAAAAAAAAAAUCUGACAAGCUUUCAUUUAUUCAAAACUGCACCCACAGCCGAGCGUGGCACCCGUUAUGCGGUGCUCUUGUUUAUUGUUCUAUUGUAAUGGAUAUGAAUGUUUAGAUUUGAUAUCUUGACUGUUUCAAAUACUUUAACCUUUUUGUCUGUUGGCAAAGUACAAUUUUUGUUAAUUAAGAAGCAAGAAUUUUCUGUCAUUGAUGUUUUUGAUUUCCUAAGACAAUGGAUAUUUUACGUUGUUUUUUUUAUUUUGAACAAAGCAAUCUUUUGCAAUGUGGUGUUUGAAGCAAUAAACUAUUUUAUUUUACUUUUAAGGGAAAUAUCUGUUGUUUGAAAAUAACAGUCAAAACAUUUAAUAAUUUUCAGUGUUUGACUGACACAAUGUUUUCAUGGUUCACAAAUUACUAGGUUAUUUAAAACAGAUCAUAAAUAAUGCCAAACUAAACAUCUAUUAAACAUUUCUGGAGGAGAUCAAAAUUUACAAAUAUUUGUCCUUUAUGGUAGAUUGUUUUAGUUCUGUGUUUUUCUUUAUUUAAUUUACUAAAAAUUGAACAACAGUUUCCACUCAAAAGUUUUGAGUUUCAUGGAAGUAUUUAAACUUUGUGCAGAAAGUAAUUAACAUGCUUACGAAGCUUGUGAUUGCAUUUGGGGCAUGUUUGGUCAAGGACUACGUUAGUAAAAAUAAAUACUCCUCACUAACUUGACUUUUCGAUGGAGGAAGGUCUUUGACCCAUUUAUGCCUAGCGUCUAGAACAAAGGCCUUGGCAAACAGCGUAGACCCAGAUAAGACACUGCAUGAGGCGACGUCUCAUCUGGGUCUGCGAUGUUUGCUUAAAGGAAUUUCUGUAAGAAAUAUUCUUAAUAUAGAAAUAAAUAUUUCAGACAUCCCUAAUUUUGGAAAUAAAUUGAUCCAAUUUACAAGGAUGGGAGAGUCCACUAGGCAUAAAUGGGUUAAAAUUGUAUUUUUAGAUAGCCUAGCUGCAGACCUAUCUUUGGAAUGCAUUUAGGGCCAGUCUGAUCAAUGUCAAGGUCACUCUUACUUAUAAUAGAAAAACUGUUUCCACUCAAUAAAUAUAGUUUUUUUGGAGGAAUUAUUAUGUCCCCCACUAUAGUAGUGGGGGACAUAUUGUUUUUGCCCUGUCUGUUGGUCUGUUGGUCUGUCUGUUGGUCUGUUUGCGCCAACUUUAACAUUUUGCAAUAACUUAUGUUAUAUUGAAGAUAGCAACUUCAUAUUUGGCAUGCAUGUGUAUCUCAUGAAGCUGCAAAUUUUGAGUGGUGAAAGUUCAAGGUCAAGGUCAUCCUUCAAGGUCAGAGGUCAAAUAUAUGUGGCCAAAAUCGCUCAUUUUAUGAAUACUUUUGCAAUAUUUAAGAUAGCAACUUGAUAUUUGGCAUGCAUGGUCAAGGUCAAGGUCAUCCUUUAAGGUCAGAGGUCAAAUAUAUGUGGCCCAAAUCGCUUAUUUUAUAAAUACUUUUGCAAUAUUGAAGAUAGCAACUUGAUAUUUGGCAUGCAUGUGCAUCCCAUGGAGCUGCACAUUUUGAGUGGUGAAAGGUCAAGGUCAUCCUUCAAGGUCAGAGGUCAAAUAUAUGUGGCCCAAAUCACUUAUUUUAUGAAUUCUUUUGCAAUAUUGAAGAUAGCAACUUGAUAUUUGGCAUGCAUGUGUAUCUCAUGGAGCUGCACAUUUUGAGUGGUGAAAGGUCAAGGUCAUCCUUUACAAGGUCAAGGUCAUCCUUCAAGGUCAAACAUCAUAUAGGGGGACAUUGUGUUUCACAAACACAUCUUGUUAGAAAAUGAUUUUGUUGGCAGCUUACACGCAAAACCAGCUUUGGAAUGGGCAACAAUUUAAGUCACGUUCUGAGAAAACUGGGCAUAAUGCAUGUGCAUAAAGUGUCGUCCCAGAUAAGCCUAUGCAGUCAACACAGGCUAAUCAGGGAUGACACUUUCCGCUUUUAUAGUAUUUUUGUUUCAAGGACGUCCCUCCUUACUGAAAAUCAAGUUUAGGCGGAACGUGUCGUCCCU